AAAAGGGCAAGAACGCCAGCACCACUCCUGUUACUCAAACUCAGGACUGUGCCUCUCUUCACUUUGCCCAGCUCGUGUGAGCACUACAGAUUCUAAGGAUUUAGCAGACUGUCCCAGGAAGAACUUUUCUCAUAACAUAUUUCAAAGCUUUCUUGGGAAAUUCCAUCUCUGGUUUGACUCAUCUUGCUGCUUUAUGUAAGUGUGAUUAGUUGGAGCCUUCAUCAUCCUCCCUGCAGUCCUCUUUCAGUUCAUCAACAAGAAGCUCUGCUGUGAAGGGAGAGGUGGGCUCCCAUGCCUGGAACAACAAGGGUGAAGAAAACACUGCAAAGAAAAACACAGAGCUCAUGAAGGCCUUGGUGAGUGUCACAGCAUUGCCCUGCCUUUAAUGUACAGAGUCUUCUGGAGGCUUUGAUUGCUGGGAGGACAGACACAGACCCACUUGGCUGCUUCUCAGCUCCCUGAAUUAUAAGUGACAUGCUGGCACAGCUGAACAACUGAUCACCAGACACUGGCAUAGUGUUAAACAUGGCUUCUGAGGCUGCUCAGAAUUUCCUCCAGCCACUGUCUUCUUGGAUGUCUCAAAUAUACGAAGCAAUCCAACAAGCAGGAGACUCCAUAUCUGCCUCUCUGCUGAAUUUGAGUGGAGUGGGGCGUAAGCCAGAAGAAGAGAGGACUCAGGACUUGGAGAAUAAUGGAGGAGUUUAUGAGGAUUAUUCUGAGGAAUCAGAUGAUGAACAAGACCUGGACCUUUGGGAUGAGGACUAUUUCUAUCCUGGAGAAGACAGCUACAUUGGAGGCCCUCAUCUUGCUUCACAGAACCUCCCUUGUGGCUCUGACAUGGGCUCACAGAGGCAGAAACAGCUUAAAAAUCCCAGCACCUUGCCAGAGCAGCGUGCUGAAAGCAGCAGGUCCUUGGCAGCCAAUGGAUCCCAGUGGAUGGGGGAAGAUCUCCAGGCUCUGGAUCGGCUCCCUCCCAUCGCCGAGGAAGAAGGUGAGCCCUCUGUGAGGAUGGGAGGUCAUGAGCACAGCCUCAGCCUGGGUGGCUCCUUGAGCACUGCUAAUGGCACAGCACACUGUGCAGAUCUGGAUGGACUAAGCCAACUGAGUUACCAAGACAACAUCUCCUGUCAUGAAGAUGACUACAGAUCUGUUGAUUCAAGAGCAACAACCAGGAGUAAGGGCACUGGGCAGCACAAAGGGCCCAGGAUGGAGCCCAGAACUGGGGAUGGUGACAGCCAGUCACACAGGGAAAGACAUCUGGAAAUGGAGACAGCAUUUGCCAAUCAGGGAUUGGAAGUAAAUGAUGCUACAGACAGCUCAUCAGCUUGGAGCCCUGAGGAGCACAAUGAAGUGAACAGUGUUCCAGCUCAUCAUGGUGCCCAUGAGCCCAUCUGCAAAUGUGGCGACCUGGAUGUCAUCUUCACCUAUAAAUCCUCAAGUCAAAAGCUGAUAGCCACGGUCCUGGAGGCCAGGGACAUCCCGGACAAGGACCGCAGUGGCGUGAACACCUGGCAAGUGCACGCCGUCCUGAUGCCAGGCAAGAAGCAGAGGGGUAAGACGAGUGUGCAGAGAGGACCCAUCCCCAUCUUCCAGGACAAAAUCACCUUCAGCAAGCUGGAGCCACAGGAGCUGAGCAGCCACGCCGUCCGCUUCCGCCUCUACGCCGUGCACAAGGUGGUUGGGGAGAAGAUGAUGGGCGAGCAGCUGUUCUACCUGAGCAGCAUCAGCCAGGACGGGGAGGUGAAGGUGACACUGCUCUUGGAGCCAAGGAGUAACCUGAGUAGUGCAGAUUCUCAGCUGAGUCUGUCAGCAAUCUCUCACAGUGAUAGCGCUUCCUCAACACAGUCCCUGUCGCAUGGAGGGGUGCCAGAGCUGCUCGUGGGACUGUCAUACAAUGCCACUACAGGGAGGCUGGCAGUGGAGAUGAUCAAAGGCAGUCAUUUCCGAAACCUUGCAGUUAAUAGGCCGCCUGAUACCUACGGGAAGCUCUGCCUGCGCAACUCCGUGGGCCAGGAGAUGUCUCGCUGCAAGACCUCCAUCCGCCGGGGACAGCCCAACCCUGUCUACAAGGAAACUUUCAUCUUCCAGGUCGCCCUCUUCCAGCUGUCUGAUGUCACCCUGCUGAUCUCCAUCUACAACAGGCGCAGCAUGAAGCGCAAGGAGAUGGUGGGCUGGAUCUCCAUGGGCCACAGCAGCAGCGGGGAGGAGGAGCAGAGCCACUGGCAGGAGAUGAAGGACUCCCAGGGGACACAGGUCUGCAGGUGGCACACCCUGCUGGAGUCCUAGUGGUGGCCAGGGCAGCCUGCAGGUCCUGGGACCAAGGGCUGUCUCGCCUUGUUCUCUGCCAGCAGAAAACA